AUGUUCAGACACAGCUGCAGUCGUUUGAGGUUGGCUUUCUUCCUCAGUUGUCCACCUUGGUUGUCCGCCUUCUUCUUAUUCACUGCAAGUCUCUUGAGCACAGAAUUGAAAUCCACACGUGGGGUGCAGGUGACGUCCACCGGCACACAGACUAUCCAAAAGGCAGAGGGAGAGAGUGUGACUCUGGGCUGCAGUUACACACUGAGCCCUUUGGACACUGGAGAACUUGACAUUGAAUGGUCUUUGGUCAGUCCAGACACCACGCAGAAAGAUCAGAUGCUCCUAUCCUAUACCAGCGGCACUAAAUACAUCCAUGGUGACCACGCUCCUACACAAGGACUCAGCUUUGCUGCUCAGGACCCCUCAAUGGGUGACGCUUCACUCUCAAUUGCUCAGCUGUCACCUGCUCAUAGUGCUACGUACCAGUGUAAAGUGAAGAAAUCACCUGGAGUGGACAUGCACAAGGUGUCACUGGUGGUAAUGGCGAGGCCGUCUGUGCCUAAAUGCUGGGUGGAGGGAGGGGAGCUGAUCGGAGAGGCUGUGUCUCUGCACUGCAAGUCUGCAAAAGGUUCCCCUCCCUUAAAAUACACAUGGAGGAGAGAAAGUGCAGGCCCCAUCCCUGCUGCAGCCACACAGAUCAGUGUGACUGGGGAGGUGAAAAUCAGCAACCACUCGAAGAGCCUUGCAGGAUUCUAUCUUUGUGAGGUAAACAACGCUGUUGGAGCCGAACACUGCAGGAUCAACCUGAAAGCAAACAAACGUAAAGGAACACACGCUCACACAGAAUGUGCAACAUACAUCACGUGUGACCCACACCCACGCGAUCAUGAAAGACCUAGACAUCAUCUUCUUCUCUCUUUGUAGUUAUGCUGCAGUCUCCCCACUGCUUCACCUCUCACACACAGUGUUUUAACCAAGGUGCUGCGUGGAUAUGUGUGUGGAAACAUCAGUGUGUUAUCCUUAUCCUUAUGCUGUCUAAUGAUGACAGGAGAAGGCCAUAGUCAAUGGCAAAAAAAAUCGCUCUAUUGACAGAAGACAAAUCUGCUCUUUAUCACUGUCUUGCUCAGUCACAAAUGAGUAAUACUGAAAUGGCUCUGCUGCUUUGUUUGUCAACAGGCCCCUUUAGCUUUAUGAAGUAUAGAUGAAACAAGGAAAAGGCAGCAACAGAAAAUAGUUAGACUUAUUAAAAGCACCUCAUCAGUCUUGUUUAGUUGGCAAAGUGUGAAAAUAGAGGGAAUGUAAAAUGUCCUGAAUGUCCUGAGGGCAGUCGAUGAACAGUAAUACCUCUGAACAGCUCUGAACAAGA